AGCUGCCAUAAACCUCGGCAGAGAAACCCCCCCCCCACACUCUCUUCUGGUUUCACAUCAUUGGGUUUCAUUGUGGAGGAGGACGGUAAAAAAUCAGCUGCAUGAGAUGGAGAGGAGUCCAGGACUUCAACAUGAACGGCGGAUAUGAUCUGAAUAAUGGCUGGACCAGAUCCCAUAGGCUUUAUCUCCCAGAUUCUCCAGCUGUUGACCCUUGUGUUAGACUCUUCUGUUGUACCUGCCUGGGCUCCUGUUUGUCCCUGCCUGCUUGGCUGUGCUGAGUGAUGAAGAUCCCUCUGUGGAACCUGGUGGUGUUGCUGGCAUGUCGCUUCACCCCUGGACGCAGUGACUGCCAAGGGGACUGUGUGGCCUGUAGCUUGGUCUUUCAGCAGCAGCAGCAGAUGCAGCAAGCCUUCAACACCAUGGUGUGUUUGUUGGAGUGUGAGGGUCAUGUCUCCUCUUCGCUCACAUGGGAGGUGUGUAGACGUGCCGUCAAGCUAUCGCACUAUCCCGCGCUGUCGGAGCAAGACGCUCUGUUCAAGAGAGCAGGACAGGAGUUGGAGCUCACUUCUCUGGAUCUGAACUCUGACAGUGAACUGCUGCAGUCGGUGGCCGCGGAGCCCUUCCAGGAGGGGGAGCGGGAUGAGGCGCCUUUUGAGCCGCGCAGUGCCCAGUAUGACACAUCUCUGCCGGAAUCCUCCUCCGAGGAGGGGGAGGGCCUGCGGGGUCUGGAUCUCAGCGUGGCGGACGCAGAGAGGAAGCCGAGGGACGAGAGGAACGCGGGGAGCGACAGCCAGCCGGAAGGGGACGAGGAUGACGCCUUUGAGGCCGUCACCUUAUCCAAACGCUUUGGUGGCUUUCAGAGGGGGCGCCACGCGUACAGGAAGCUGAUCGGCUCGGCCGUGAGACCCCUACAAAAGCGCUACGGCGGCUUCAUAGGCGUCCGGAAAUCUGCCCGCAAAUGGAACAGUCAGAAGCGAGUGAACCAGCUGCUCAGGCAGUACCUGGGCAUGAGGAGCAGCCGCAGCGGCAGGUUCAACAACAUCCCUGUUACUCGCGUGUGGAGGCAAAACAAACUGUAACGCAUCUACGUCGCUCUCCCUGCUCCCAGUUACCUCAACCAGAUCAUGUUUUCAGCAUCUCACUCCGCAUUUGAAGCGUGACGUCACCGUCGUCAUCCAAAAAGAACAGACUCCGCCAAUCUCGCCACGCCUCUUUUGGUGUCUCUAAUUAUCAAGGAAUGUUUUUGACCGUGAUGUCCUUCUUAUUAAGUAUAUUUUCACGCCAUUCUAUCAAAUAAAAGAAUUAGAGAAGUGCAAUUGGAUAUAUUUUUUUUUUGUGUGUCGGUAUAAUAAAAAAAAGGGGCCAAAUGAGAUUGGAAAACUGGUUCACUGCAAGCUUUUCACCAGAGGUGAGACCUGAGGGUGUGACAUUUAAAACUCAUGUUGAAUGCACUUUCAUGCAUGCGUGGACGGCUUUUUGUUGUUGUUGCACUCUGUAGUUUGUGUUACUAAUGUCAAGCUCUCAUGUAAUGGACCCAUUCGUUACUGCAUAGGCUUCCCCUUUUAAAAAAUGGGAUUUUGGGACGAGACAAAUCAUACACAAUUAUUAUUAUUAUAAUCAAGAAUCAAAUUGGAAGGGAACCAGCACUUUUCUUUCAAGAUGGUUCAGCCAGAUGGUAGGACAGUGACGAAGCACAAAUUACUGUUAACUACUGAUCUACGAAUCUCAUUUACUGCUCAAGGAACUUAAUUAAUUAAACACAACGUGUGCAAAAUUGGUUUUCUGAACUUUAAAAAUCACCGAAACUUUGCAUCCCUACGCAAAAAUAAGCCGUGUUCCCAUCGCUUAGUUCUGAGUUAAUAUUAUUCAGCGGGGGGAGGGGUCUCAAUGUUAACCUUGCAAGUGAUGAGUUUCUCUCAAAGGAAUGAGCAGCAGGUUGGCAGACUCCCCGAGGCUCCUUUCAGUGGAACUAUACUGUCCUCUAGUGUUUGAGGAACAAACAUGUUGCCCAUUUGGAUACUGACUUGGGAUCAGUUGUGUCGUGUCCUUAAUAAUAUUUUAUGGAAUUCUUUGGAUUAUUCUGCAAUUACAGUCAAAUUAGAAAUUGACAUAAGAUGUCAAAUAUACAAAUACGCUUAAUUCAUGGCUGAUAUUUAGAUGGUCUUCACAGUCAAACUGAAAGAUCAUGACAAAACCUGAGGAAACUAGUGUCUAUUUAUUAAUAGUAUUAAUAGUGCCUGUAUGACAGCUCCUGGCUCAUCAUAGUUGCCAACCAUCUAAGAUACUGUACAAAAAUGAAUUGUGUGGGGAGGGUGGCUGAAACUUAGAUUUCACUUUUUAGAAAAGCAAAGCCUUCUGAAGUGUUAUAAAUGAUUUCUUUUUUUUUGGACCCUCCCAUUGAACAGCACCCUCCCUCCAAUAUCUCAAAAAAUGAUUUCACUGUUAAAUGCUAAAGGAAAGCAAAGUGUGAAAAUUGUAGGACAAUUCAUUAUACCUUAAUUUAACCCAUAAUAUGUGAAUCGAAGAACAAUGUUUAUUGCCAUAAAUGUGCACCUUAGAAGUGGAUUUAUAAAUUGCCAAUUUUGCAACAAAUUACACAAUGUGGAAUAUCACUGCCACUCAAUUUAAAACAAAAGAUCUUUCCGAAGAAAACAUUUGCACAUCCAACAAUUCUUAGAUGCAGGUGUGUUAAAAUAUCACACCAGACUUGAAAAAAGUAGAUAUUAACAGUGGUGUAGUAAUGUAUUGUAGUAGGUAUACUGAACUGUAUAUUCAUAUUGGCCAGAAUCUACCUUUGGGGGACGGAGGGGGGGCAUAUCAUAGUGGAGGGUUCUGGGUGUCCUCCCCCAGGAAAGUUUGGAGCAUCAACGACUUCAUUUUCUGCAUUUGGAUACACUUUCAUGCACCAAUUUACGAUGGGAACACCUUUUUUUUAGCCUAUG